AUGACUACAACGGUCACAGCUGUUCCUGCCCUAGUAAAGCGAGAUUGCGAAGGCUUCACCAUUAGUUAUCCAGCUGGCGGUGAAACAUUUAAGUAUGGUAGUAAUCAAAACGUCACUGUCCAAAUCGGCUCAUCUGGAGUUUAUGUGAUUACAACCGUCACCAUAUACGAUAGUGAUAAUAAUUUUGUUGGUUUAUUAUUUGGAGGCGAAGCACCAGUGAAAGGCAAAAGCGAGGUUACCGUAUCGUUUAAGUUAGACGGCGACUUUUCGCCGCCUAAAGUAUGUUAUUACGGCGUAGAGGGAUACUAUACUCCUACAUCAGGUUGCCAUACGUUCAGUAACUCCUUCAAUGUAACACGUAAAUGA